UUUCAUGCAGCUUCGUUUCAAGUCACUUGUGUCUGAAACUUUGUGAGUAAAAGAACAACUGAAAUCAUGUCGAAAUUAUUCUUCCUUGUUGGAUUCGCCAUCCUGGCUCUUGCUUCCUCAGCCCGUGUUGUGCGUGAUGCUCCUGCCACUCCCGAAUUCAACGCUGAAAGUGUCUUCUCUGCCAUUCAGGAUGGCCUCAAGAACUUGGGCAAUGCUUUCUUGCAAGCUGCUGGUGCCACCGAUUCAAAGGAUCUUGAAGCCAAAGCCACCGCAAAACUUGCUGCUGCUGAAGAGAGAAUUAAAGUCUGGGUUGAAGGUGCUCGCAAGGAUACUGAGCAUUUGAAGGACACCCCCAUGGUUCAGGAUUUGCGCGCCGCUUUGGACAAACUCAGCAGUGACUUCAAAGCUGCCCAUCCCGGUUUGACUGCUGAAGUUUCUGAACAAGUCAACAAGGUCAACGAAAAUGUUGAAGAAGUCGUAAAGAAGAUCAAGGCCUUGGAGGAUUCCGAACAAAGCAAACAAUUUAAGGAAACCGCCAACAAAUUGGUCGACUCAGCAAAGGAACAACUCCAUAAUCUGGCCAAGGAAUUUGAAGCUAAACCCCAAGCAUAAUUCAUUGUAGUAUUUUUAACAACAACAACAAAAUAAAUA